AAGCAGUGGUAUCAACGCAGAGUACUAACACAUCAGUGAGUUUUUUUUGAGUGUUACGUGAAAUGUUAGUUUGUAGUUGUGUGGAAAAAUUUUAAAAUAUUUAUUUUUCCGGGAAAAACUCAUUUUUGCAACUUGGGCCUACACUGGAAAUGCUUAGGGGGGCCCCGGGGAGCUUCAUUAAAAAUUUGGGGGCGCAAUUCGCCGGAUUAAAAAAAACAUUUUAUACGAUUUUUUCUGGCGCGGAUUUUGAAUGUUUUGAACUGGCGAUGCCAAUCAACGCGGCGGAGCUCCCUAAGCCCGGAAAACUCAAUUUCCCAUGAAAAUUCGGCGGAAAACGCGAGAAAAUUGCGAAAAACUGAACGUGUGAGGGAGACAGUAUUAGUGACGUGCACUGUCUCAUUUUCUUUUGAGCAAACAGUGCCAAAAAGUAACAGUGGUGCAUUUUGGAACUACAAUUUAGGGCGCCAAAUUCAAAAAGUAGUCAAAAAAGAUGAAAAUUGUAUGGGGGCGCUACGAAGGGGGGCUCUGGGGGGAAAUGAAUAUCAUUGGUGACAAUCGCUGAUAUAAAAAACAUCUGUACCAAAUUUCAUCGCGAUCAGACAAUCAGACCGGAAAUCCAUUAUUUAUUUAUAUUUCCGGUGUUUUUCCACGCAGAAAAUCCAGGAGGACGAAGAUUUAGGAUAUAAUUUUUGUUUUUCUGUCUUGAUCUCCUUGAUCUGAAGGAAUGUACCCGCGCUGGCCAAUCCAAGAGCUUCUGGCGCGGGAUGUGGAACAUAACCUCACAAAUUGUAGUGAAAGCGCGGGGAUCAGCAAUGCUAAUCCAGAGAAGCCUUUCCUACCACCCCUUACAGUCCACAUGUCAAGUAAUGCAGGAGAAAUGUUUGAAAAGAAAAAUGUUUUUUUUCCUUCCACUGGAACAACUUGUUGAUCAUGUUUUGAGCGUGCGGCAGAGAAUUGCCCUCGUCAGUCUUGUGGUGAUCGCGAUCGAGUGCAAUUGAUUUGAUUAGAAGUAAUAGGAAUAUUCAACGGUUGGAAGGUCAAAUGGGCAAUCGACGUGUUCUCGUUAUCGGAAGUGGCGGUCGUGAGCAUGCCAUUUGCUGGAAGUUAGCACAGAGUCCGUGCGUUGAGGAGAUUUUCUGCCUUCCUGGUAAUCCGGGAUUUUCCGCAUCGCCCAAAAUUCACCUCCUACCCGGACAAUCAGCCAAGCAUGAGGACGUUGUGGCGUUGUGCCAGGAAAAGGGGAUUGAUUUAGUUAUCGUGGGACCCGAAGAUCCCCUAGCACGUGGUCUUGGUGAUGACCUCCGGAAGGCGGGUGUGAAGUGCUUUGGCCCCGGGGCGGCUGGUGCACAGAUUGAGGCUGACAAGGAGUGGGCUAAGAAGUUUAUGUUGCGUCAUGCAAUCCCAACGGCACGUUUUGAAUCCUUCACGGAUGCCACGAAGGCGAAGAAUUUCAUCGAGAGCGCCCCCUUUGAUGCUCUCGUCGUCAAGGCGAGUGGCUUAGCUGCUGGGAAGGGUGUUGUUGUGGCAGCCACGCGUGAGGAAGCUUGUGCGGCUGUUGAUGAGAUUCUCACCACGAAGAAAUUCGGUGAAGCCGGGUCCGUGGUGGUGAUUGAGGAGAAACUAACAGGGGAGGAGGUUUCCGUGCUUGCCUUUGUCGAUGGGCUCACAGUGAGGGUCAUGCUACCAGCGCAGGAUCACAAACGCAUCUGGGAUGGUGAUUUAGGGCCAAAUACCGGAGGAAUGGGAGCCUACUGCCCCUGCCCACUCGUCUCUCCUGAUCAAAUGGAAAUCAUCGCACGGGAUGUCCUGCAGAAGGCUGUUGCUGGACUCCGCAGCGAAGGAAUUCCCUACUGCGGAGUUCUCUAUGCCGGCAUGAUGCUCACCCCGAAUGGCCCCAAAACUCUCGAAUUCAACUGUCGCUUCGGGGACCCGGAGACGCAAGUUAUUCUCCCCCUGCUCGAGAGUGAUCUCUAUGAAAUUGCCCUGGCAUGCUGUGAGGAGCGUCUUGGUGCCAUUGAGAUUGCCUGGAAGACAGAUUUGCACGCUGUUGGGGUGGUAAUGGCCAGUCGUGGGUACCCGGAGACAUCCACAAAGGGCUGCAAGAUCACCGGAAUUGACCAGGUGACAAUGCAAAGUGGCAAGAUUGUCUUCCACAGUGGAACUCGCGUGAAUGCCGAAGGAUGCUUUGAGACUAAUGGGGGACGUGUGCUCAUCAAUGUGGCGCUGGGAAGUUCCCUCGCCAUGGCAGCAGCUGAAGCAACAGAUGCCUGCCAAGUUAUCAACUUCGAUGGAGCUCAAUUCCGCAGAGAUAUUGGCCAGAAAGCAAUUGUCAAGGCAUCUUACAGGGAUAGCGGUGUCAAUAUUGAUGCUGGUGAGGAGUUGGUGAAGAGAAUCAAGCCCUUAGCUCGGGGGACUGACCGGCCGGGUGUUGUAGGUGGCCUUGGUGGCUUUGGGGGGCUCUUCCGUCUGCGUGAGGCAUUGCGCUGUGACGCAGAUGGGCAGGAGAAGCCCUACAGAGACCCUGUCCUCGUCCAGGGUACCGAUGGUGUGGGUACGAAGCUCAAAAUUGCCGAAUCAAUGCAACUUUAUGAGACAAUUGGGAUCGAUUUGGUGGCAAUGUGCGUCAAUGAUGUUCUCUGUGCGGGUGCUGAGCCCCUUGUCUUCCUCGACUACAUUGCCUGUGGCGCCCUGGAGGUCCACAAAGCCGCCAUGAUUGUCAAGGGUGUGGCUGAGGCAUGCCGGGAGUCGCGUUGUGCCCUUGUUGGUGGGGAAACAGCCGAAAUGCCGUAUCUCUAUGAGAAGGGGAAGUACGAUCUGGCCGGAUAUAGUCUGGGGGUUGUUGAGUACGAAGAUAUCCUGCCGAAAAUGAAGGAUAUCCUUCCGGGAGAUGUGGUCAUUGGGCUACCAUCCUCCGGGGUGCACAGUAAUGGAUUUAGUUUGGUUAACAAAGUUAUGGCAGUUGAGGGAUUAAAAUUCACAGAUGAGGCUCCUUUCAGUGCCACCAGGAGUACCUUUGGGAAGGAAUUCCUAACACCCACGAAGAUCUAUGUGCAGGAACUCCUACCCCUCGUUCAGAGGGGAGCUGUUAAGGCCUUAGCGCACAUUACAGGUGGAGGAUUAGUGGAGAACAUCCCAAGAGUCCUGCCCAAUGAUCUCUGUGUUCACAUUAAUGCGGAAAACUUCACGAUUCUUCCUGUUUUUGGCUGGCUGGCUGCCCGUGGGAAUGUGUGUGAAGCCGAAAUGCUCAGAACUUUCAAUUGUGGCAUUGGGAUGGUUGUCAUCUGUACCAGCACCAGUCCAGCAAUUGCCGAACUUGAGAAAUUUGGCGGGAAAGUUUUGGGUGUUGUGGAGAAGCGUGUAAAUGAGGCAGUUCUCGUUGAUAACUUCCGGGAGGAGCUUGAACGUGCCAAAGCACCCUUUGUAGAUGCUUCCCGGACACCCGAAGCCAUCACCUAUCGUGCCAGUGGUGUGGAUAUCACAGCUGGAGAUGAUUUUGUGCGGGAAAUUAAACCUUUGGCAGUUGCUACGACAAAGAAGGGUGUUCUUGGUGGUUUAGGGAGUUUUGGGGCGCUCUUCCGCCUCAAUGAGUGGGAGAGGAAGUUCCAGGAUCCCGUUCUUGUGCUCAGCACCGAUGGGGUUGGGACAAAAUUGAAGCUUGCUCAGGAAAUGGGGAAGCACUACAAUGUGGGAAUUGAUUUGGUGGCAAUGUGUGCAAAUGAUGUGAUUUGUACGGGAGCAGAUCCCGUAACCUUCCUGGAUUACCUCGCCUGUGGGCAUCUGGAUGUCCAGCAAGCGGUGCAAACGCUCAAAGGAGUAGCUGAGGGAUGUCAGCGUGCUGACAGCGCCCUCGUUGGGGGUGAAACAGCUGAAAUGCCGGGAAUCUAUCGGGACAAUGAAUACGAUCUUGCGGGAUUCUCCCUGGGGAUUGUGGAGCGAGAGAAAAUCCUUCCGAAGAUUGAGAAAAUCAUUCCGGGAGAUGUGAUUAUUGGUCUGCCAUCCAGUGGGGUUCACAGCAAUGGGUUUAGUCUCAUUCACUUCAUCAUGCAACGCUUGGGGAAAGCCUGGACAGAUGUGGCGCCUUUUAGUGCGCGUGGGGCGACGUUUGGGGAGGAAUUCCUCAAGGAAACAACAAUCUAUGCGAAGGAAGUGACGGAAGCACUGCAGGCGUGUGAAAUUAAGGCCAUGGCUCACAUCACGGGAGGGGGAUUAGUGGAGAACAUUCCGAGGGUACUGCCGAAUGAUGUUAAGGCUCUCAUUGACUUUAGCAGCGUCAGCAUCCCGCCUGUUUUCCCGUGGAUCCGUCAAGCUGGGAAUGUGCGGAAUGAGGAGAUGCUGAGAACGUUCAAUUGUGGCAUUGGAUUUGUCUUUAUUCUCCACAGAACGGCCCUGGAGAAGCUCCGUCAUGGACUCCUGGGACGUCGUACGUAUCUUCUGGGAUCAAUUGAGCAUCGCAACGGUGAGGAGGCUCAGGUGCAAAUUGAUAACUUCCACGAGAGGCUUGGUUUCUUCCAGAAUCUCCUCAGUACACCCCGGAAGCGUAUUGCUGUGCUCAUUUCCGGGAAUGGGAGCAAUCUUCAGGCACUCAUUGAUGCAUCCAGGGAUACAGCGAGGAAUGUUUGGUGCGACAUUUGUCUCGUUGUGUCCAACAAGGAGGGAAUUUAUGGGCUUGAGAGGGCAAAGAGGGCUUCAAUUCCCAGUGUGGUUCUUCAGCACAAGGCAUUCCCAUCGCGUGAAGCCUUCGAUGAGGCAAUGUCAAGGAAGUUGGAGGAGUAUGGGGUGGAUUUUGUGUGCCUCGCGGGAUUCAUGAGAAUCCUCUCGGAGGCCUUUGUGAAGCGCUGGAAGGGACGUAUCCUCAACAUUCAUCCAUCACUCCUGCCCAAGCAUAAGGGGGUUGCAGCACAGAAGUUGGCUCUCGAGGCUGGGGACGCUGUUUCCGGGUGUACUGUUCACUUUGUCGACGAAGGAGUGGACACAGGUGCCAUAAUUACUCAGGAGAGCGUUCCAGUGCUUCCUGGGGACACCGUUGACAGUCUCUCGGAGAGAAUUCACCGAGCUGAACAUUUGGCCUUCCCAAGGGCAUUGGAGCUUGUUGUCACGGGGCAGGUUACCCUGGGGAGGGAUGGCAAGACAGCCUGGAGGGCAUGGAAAUGAGAAUCUCACAGAAAUGACUUUUUUAUUACAAUUUUUAUGCCAUUUUUAUUACAGAGAAAAACACAAAUAUAUUUUUUGAGCAUU